GAAUUUCUUUUCUGGAUGCACAGGGCGAAACUCCGGGAUCCCCCUUUUGUGGCGGGUGAUGCCAUCGAUUAUCUCUUCAUGCUUGCUGACAGACCGUGCGGGCCCACGAUACCUGGAGCUUUCUUAAAGUCUUUGACUUGGUUCGAGCGGGUUGCGGGGUUCACCCAGGACUGUCGGAUCUCUUCGAAGACGGUGCUUCUUUCCACUCGGGAUAUUUUAGUGAAAGAGUUGAAGAAGCCCGGGACCCCUAUCCACCGGGCCCCGCGUCUACCAGGUGCGGUGAUCGCCUCCCUCGAGAGGCUUGUGUCGAACAACCGGGAGGCGAUGGGAGUCCGUGCCGGAGCCUUCUACCGGCUUUUGAAAUGCUGGGGCACUCUGAGGUAUGAUGACGUCCAGCACAUGUCACCGCAGGCUGUCCGUUUCUUCUCAGGCAGGUUGACAACCACCCUGUACGAGACGAAGACCAGCGGACCGGAGAGGCGACAGGUCGAACUCCCAGUCGCAGUCACCGAGGACUCGUGGAUUUGCAAUAGGGACUGGUUGAGAGACGGCUGGCAGCUUUUCCAGGUGCAUGCAGAUUUUAACCGUGAUCAUUUCCUUCCGGCGUUGAGUGAUGAUUUUAGCUGCUUCCGGAGAAGGAUGGCCAGCUACUCAGAAGCUGCCACUCUGACUGCUGCUGUCAACAGGCGCCUCACGGAUUCAGAGGGCCGAAGGUUGAUUCCACCUGAGCUGGUCGAGAUGUGGACCGAGCGCAGCGAGCGGGCAACCUUGCCCACCAUCCUGGAUGGCUUCGGCCUGGACCCUAGGGAUAGGGAUGCAUUGGGAAGGUGGCGACCGGAGGGCAGCGACAUUUACAGUAGGAGCUUUUCUGGUAAGAUCCGUAGGAUACAUCGGUAUUUUACCGCUGAGCUCGAGAAGCUGCGACUUGCGGGGGAUAUUGAUGAUUAUGACGUGCUUGAGGCUGCAUUCUCGUGGCUUCGGGCCAGGAGGGGACUACCGACCGAGGAGGCGGAACGUAUCGUGGAAUCCUUCCAGGUUGAAGGGGAUGCAGCCGUGGAGGAACAGGCUGAGGCUCCUCAAGAGGAGGCCACGGCAGCUGAGCGGGAGCCGGGAUACGUUUUAGUAUCCUCCAGACGUGGUGCCAUCAGGUUGCACCGUUCAGGAAAGGAGGGCUGCUGGAUGGCGCGGCUGAGGCACUUCAAUGAGUGCAAGGUGGUUUCGGAGAUGCCGGAACCGGGUGAGUAUUCUCACCGAUGUAGGCUCUGCUGGCCGAACUCCGAAGGGGUGAUGGGCUCGAGCGACGACUCGAGUGAGGAGUCUUCCGACUCCGAUGGAGAGCGGAGCGAGGCUCCAGAUGACACGGGCACAAGAACCAUGGAUGUUCGAUCUGUGGCAUGUGACCCAAGAUUUCUGCUUCUGCGUCAGGGGAUAGAGGAUGAUCACCAGCGGAAGCUUUUUGCUGCAGGGGUGGACACGCUGGAUAAAUUCAGUGCUUUUGCGACCGGGGAACCCGAUCUGCUUGCAGAUGAGUUUGGGCUGGACCCCUCGGCAAGCCUAGCUGCCAGGGGGCAAGUGGCAUCCUUCAUCGCAGCCUGGAAGGCGUCCAAGGUACGGGUGCAACGUCAGGCCGAGGUGGAAGCAGAGCAGGACACCCGGGAAUGGACAAAACCCAUUCCCACGGCGGAGUAUCUUCUGCUGCGACAGGCAUACGUCAAGGAAUUUCUGGAGAAGAAAUUACAGGAGGUGGAACACGGCGAGUUCAAAGCGGAAUCCCUGCAGGAGGUCACCACGCGUGACGAACUGGAUCCGGAUACCUUGGUUCCGGUCUGGGACUCGAAAGGAGUUAUGACAGUAAAGCGUGGCAGCUCUCGGGUCCCCCUUCCAUCAAAUCCUGAGGAACUUCGGCGACGCUUGAACAUCAUGCGAAAUGCUUACCUCAUGUUGAGGCUAAAGUUUCCGGGGCGCGCGGACCUGCAAGACAUUGGGGCUGACCUCUUCGAACGAUAUAAGGAAUAUCUUCUGGGGGAUUAUCUCCACAACUUGCAGGCGCGGGAUUCGGCGGACAGCGUCGUUCACACACCGCCUUGGCAGCUGGUCCUCUCCUACGAGCAGGCCAUCCGAAAGCAAGCUUUCCAUUACAUGGUCACCGAAUCAAUAGCCAUGGGAGCAGCCUGGGAGAAGGCCUGGAAGGACCCGGUGACGAAGGAGCGGCAUUUUGCGACUCCUCUGUCACUCUACGCCAAACGGAAGCCGGACCCGCCCCCGAAUUUGCCUCCUCGUGACACCUGGAUUGCAAGGCCGCCUGGCAGAGGUCAGAAGGGAGGCAAGGGUCAGAAAGGGCGAGGGCGUGGGAGCUCGCGUACAUUCAAGGGGCAUGCGGCUACCAGGACCGGGGAGCCCAUUUGUUUCAGGUUCAACACGGAAGAAGGUUGCUCCCUGGCGAAUUGCAAGUUCAAACACCUGUGUAGCCAUUGCUUUGACCAUAACCAUAACUUCAUUGGCUGCCCGAGGCGCAAGCCUGCCGACACGGCGGGGAAGCACUGA